AUGAGAGAACUCAAGCUGGAGGAAUUUGGCCAUCCGGUCCGGGACAUUCUCUGCAACUCUUCAGUACCGCAAAAUCUCAUCAAGGGUUAUCAGCUGCACAUCUCCACCAACCCAAGCUCCCGACAAGGCGCCGGCCUUGCAAUUAAAAAUGGAAUCCCCUACGAUCUGAUCAAUAUUAACUCCACAUUGAAUGUUGUCGUUGUCAAGCUACACUACCCGUUCAACAUUACUGCUGUGUCUCUCUAUAUCCCACCUCAAACAACCUACUCAGAUUUCACUGAAAAGAUCGACGACUUACUCCCACAAAUUCCAACACCAUUUAUUAUCAUGUCUGACCCAAAUGCCCACUCUCUGUCUUGGGGCAGUUCGCACACAUCUAGAAAGGGAUCUUAUUUAGAAAAUCUUGCCAUAGUCCACAACCUAACCAUCUUGAACAACUCUCAACCCACCCGCCUAGACCCUUCCACAGGUAACAUGUCCGCCCUGGACCUCACAAUGGUCGCAUGGGAGCUUGGUCUAAAAUUUUGCUGGAAUGUCCUCGAUGACUGCCAUGGCAGCGACCAUUUUCCCAUCCAAAUCAAAAUCCAACAUCCUACCCCGCAAAACACCACCAGGCCUCGAUGGAAGUACGAUAAUGCCGAUUGGCUUGGUUAUCAACUUGAUGUUGACAGCCUCCUGUCCACUCAUAACCCUGCUUGCGUUCAAACUUUUUCCACAAUUAUACUAAAAUCUGCAGAAAAACACAUCCCUCGCACUAGUGGUAUGCCCGGGAAAACCGCCGUCCCCUGGUGGACUCCCGAGGUUAGAGAUGCCAUCAAAAUACGGCGGAAAAGACUACGCGCUCUUAAACGUAUUCCCAACGAUGACCCUCGAAAAGAAACUGCUCUUGCUGACUUCAAAAUCGCUCAGUCCUGUUCGAAACGAGCAAUAAAGGACGCUAAAAUCGCAAGCUGGCAGAAAUUUACCGAAGAAGUACACCCAAAUACCCCCUCCAAUGUACUUUGGGCACAAAUCAAGACCCUCAGCGGGGACUCCCGUAAAAACCCCUACCAUAUUCUCCUUAACAACAAGUACACAAAUGAUCCUUCUACCCUAGCCAAUUCCUUUUGCGACCUCUUUUCCUCAGUCUCAGCCUCACCUAACACUCCCUUACCCGACUUCCCCUCCACACCCAGUCAUAUUAACUCCGACUACAAUAGCCCUUUUACUCUCGACGAACUGGAGUCAUCUCUAAGAAAAGUGAAGGGCCUAUCCGCCGGCCCAGACGAAAUAGGAUACCCUUUAUUAAAAAACCUAUCACUACUUGUGCUCAUAAACGGAGCACGCUCAACCAUCAAACCAAUCCUCGGAGGAGUGCCUCAAGGCUCUGUCAUCGCUCCCACUCUCUUUCUAAUCGCGAUUAACUCGCUGUUUCACGCUACCCCUUAUAACAUCGAAACAUUAGUGUACGCUGAUGACAUACUCCUAAUCUCCACCUCUCCCUUUGCCAGAAUGGCUCGUAGAAGACUGCAAUCAGCCGUAAAUUCUAUUGCCGAAUGGGCCCCGACCGUCGGACCAGUUUUGCCCAUCGAGACUCCCUCUUUCGAUUCCUCCACGGCUGGCUUAUUCCCACUAUCCUCUACGGCCUAG